AUGGCUCUCAACGUCAAUUCCGACCAGCUACUAUCAUCGGCCAGAGAUCUUUUUUGGACACAACAUUCGAAUCUCUCGGAAUCGAAGAGACAGCAACUCUGGACCCAGCAACUCAGCCACUUCAUCUGUGGACCGACUGCCUCCGCCGCCGCCAGCGGCUCCAGACUCAGCACACAGGAUGGAAGCGGUGGGCCUCGCUUUUUGGGAAAACGGACUGGGGAUGACGUUCCUCGCACUUUGCCUCCUGGAUCUCCCCCAACGAAACGACGAGCUACCACCCCGGAGCCUUACUCCGUGACCCGACCGUCCUCUAGCUCUUCAUCUUCUGUUCGCUCUCAGCUUGCUCGACAGUCAUCAACACGGUCUCGGACAGGGAACUCAUCUCGGAAGACUGGCACAGCAUCCGGCUCUCGCAAAUCUUGGAACCAACAAGUGUCAGCUGUUCCCUCGCAGUCGACGGAGGGAUUGGCCUUUUUCCCAGCCCAAGCGGCACCUUCUCCCCUCCAGCAGUCCCAGACUGUCUCAACGGACUUCUCGCAAAGCGGUUUGGACGGUUUCGCUGCUCCCACCCACGGCGGCCAGGCUUCUGGAUCGUCCAGUAGCCCCAUCGAGAUCGACAUGGAUCACACCAUCCCGGCGGACGCAUUGGUUCUCGACUCGCAAGAUCAAGGUCAGUUGACCGUGGGGACGGAGUCACUUCAGAUGACUCGGAGUCUGACAUCAGACUCGCUGUGUGGAGGAAUGGAUAUGAUCAGGUUCGACUCGAACAGAUCAUUUCUCGAAAAUCUGGAUUUUCCAGAUGCUCAGUUGUCAGCAAGUUUCAAUGCGCAGUCAUUUGGUCAUUACAAUGACGCCAGUUAUUGCCUCAACUCUUCUUCUUCUCCUAUUUCCCAGUUUCAUUCUCGUAACAUGCAUCAUGUUCAGUUUUCUCAGUCACUGCCUGAAUCCGGGUCUGACUUCUUUCGUCAUGCUGUUUCUCCUUUGAAUCGUUGUGCUUCUUCUGCUUCUUGCUCUUCUUCUUCUUCACCUUCAUCCACCGAGAUGAAGCAUUCUCUAUCGAGUCAAAGUGCAAACUCGGUAGCCUCAAGCGAGACUCGGGCUCGGCGGAGGACUCGAGAGCAAAUUGUGCAAGGCACACAGAAGAUCGCACCAAAGCCUGCGAAGAUGCAGCCAAAUAAUGUUCUGGAGCAUAAAAUGAUCAUCGCGUCAGAAGACGGCACUUCUCGAGAAGUUGCGGCCAUCCCCAAGGCGUCUGUCCAGCGGCCUUCACGACCGAAGACCUACUGUAAAUACUGCAAUGAACAGCCUGACGGCUUUCACGGCGAGCAUGAGCUGAGAAGACACGUUGAACGUGUACAUGCCGUCGUGCGGAGGGUCUGGGUGUGUGUUGACAUCUCCCCAGACAAGAAGUUCCUUGCCAACUGCAAGGCGUGCCGCAACGGCAAGCGAUAUGGCGCCAACUAUAACGCAGCAGCUCACCUUCGACGCACGCACUUCAACCCCUGCCAACGCGGGCGCGGUGGAAGAGGCAAGGACAGCGAGAAGCGUGGUGGGAAAGGAGGCGGCACCACGCCCUCGAUGGAUGUGCUCAAGCACUGGAUGGAGCAGCGCGAGGAGAUCGUGGUGGACAACGCACGGAUCCUCCUCGACAACGACAUCACCUCGGAGGAGGCCGAACUUCUCGGCCGGCGAAGGAUAUCCGACACCUCGAGCCUCGACCCCAGCGACGGCCAAGGGCCCGAUUCGCCGGCCGUCCAGACCACCUUCGACUCGCACACCUCCUCGCCGGUCGAAGAGCCCAACGACGUGACGCAAGAGCUCGCGUUCGAGUUUGAGGAGUUCACCAACUCGCCACUCGAGUGGGACGAGAGCACGGGAGGUGGCUAUCAAGGGUUUGCCAACGCAGCUUUGAAUCCUUUCGAUUCAUCGUCCUACUUUGAUCAUGCAUCAUUCAUGCAGGCCCAGCCGAUGAGCGCUGAGGUUGGAUCUUAUGUUCCAGUUAUGCUGUAG